AUUUCUUAAUUUCCGUGCAAAAUUUUAAAAUGACUAAAGUUUUGGGACCGAGGGACUAAUAAUUUACUCUUGAUAGUGUACAGUGUACAUCCAUUAAUUAUUAUUUAUUAUAGUUUUGUUUGUGCUUUCCAGUUUACACACUUUGAUCACUAUCUGAGCUGAGUGUGUAAUAAAAAGUGUUUACCCAAGUGCUUAAGUAAGCUUUGAUUGCUGUUGAUGUUUUAAGUCCAACUUUAUCUCUUCAAAUUUCUUCAUUGAUUCCUUUAGCUUUUCGUUUACUGAUUAAGCAACGGAAAACCCAAAUUUAUUAUAACUGAACGCAAAUGCUCAACUUCUUCUUCUAACACUCUUGUUCCUUUUCGUGAUCCAUUACGAUGCUACCUGGUUUGCAAUACAAUAUCAAUGAUCUGUUUCAAGAAGCUAAGAAAAGAUGGCUCAAACCUAUAGAGGUGUAUUACAUUUUGCAGCAUCACGACAUGUGCGAGUUCACCAAUAUGCCCCUUAACCGGCCUCGUGGUGGAGCUGUUUAUUUGUUUAAUAAAAGAGUCAUGCGUUUCUUUCGAAAAGAUGGUCAUAAUUGGCGGAAGAAAAAAGAUGGAAGAACUGUGGCAGAAGCACAUGAACGGCUUAAGGUUGGAAAUGUUGAAGCCCUAAACUGUUACUAUGCACAUGGAGAGGAGAACCGUAGUUUCCAGAGGCGAAGCUAUUGGAUGUUGAACCCGGAAUAUGAGCAUGUUGUUCUCGUGCAUUACAGAGAUACAAAUGAGGGGACAUCCAAUUCUGGACCAGCCACACAACUGUCACCGUUUAGUCAGAGUCGCAGCUCAUAUACUACUCAAAACCCCGAGACUACAUCCAUAGUUGGUGAUUCAUGUGAACCUAAUCAGAAUUUCUCCAGUCCCGGGUCCUUAGAAGUCACCUCUGAUAUAGUCAUCAUGAAUAAUGGAAUGGAUCACUUGGAGAAAACAAAUGCACAAGCUUUCCGCCAAUUAGAGGAACAGUUAAGUUUGAAUGACGAAAGCUUCACAGAAAUUUCUCCAUUUUAUAGGGAACAUGAAGUUCCACAGGAAAUAUGUGCCAGACCAGAUGAUCAUGAACAACUAUAUGAUGGAUAUAAUGGAACAAAAGUUGGCAGUGGUAAUCAUUAUCAUGAAUUACUUGACCAUAGUUGCCCUGGUGGGAAUGAGAAAACAUUAUAUUGGACAGAAAUGCUGGAGUCAAGCAAGUUCUCAUCUGUGAUCAAGUUACCAGAACAACAUGCAUACAAGGCAUUUGAAAAUGAAAAGCCAUUACCUUCUCCAGGAAGAGAAAUGAUUGCCAACCAGGAAAUCAGUUACUGGCUACACCCCAACAAUAAUAAUGAUGAGAAUUCUGUCUUUUCAUUAACUCAACAUAUUGGUGGAGUCAACAUGUCUCCAUAUUCUUCGGUAGAAACUCAAGGAACUAAUUCUGACUACUAUGAAAGAUUGUUUGACCAAAGCCAAAUUCAAGAACCUCUGGAUGCAUAUUCAAGGUUCGCUGGUGGACAGAAAUUUACAAUUAUGACCGUCUCCCCAGAAUAUUGUUAUGCCACUGAGGCAUCAAAGGUGAUCAUUAUUGGAUCUUUUCUCUGCCUUCCCAUGGAUUCUACCUGGGCUUGUAUGUUUGGUGAUGUUGAAGUUCCUGCUGAAAUACUUAAGGAUGGCGUAAUCUGUUGUGAGGCUCCAUCCCAUCUUGUUGGAAAGGUUUCUCUGUGCAUUACUUCAGGAAAUAAGGAACCAUGCAGUGAAGUCAAAGAGUUUGAAUUUCGUAAUAAGACCAAUAGUUGCACUCACUGUAAUAGUUUGGAAACAGAAGCUGCCAGAAGUCCAGAAGAGCUGUUAUUACUUGUUCGAUUUGCAGAAAUGCUCCUUUCUACUUCAAUUAUGAAGGAUGACAGCACAGAAUCUGGAAGCCAUCUUUCAACAGAACAGAAAGCAGAUGAUGAUUCAUGGAGCCAUAUUAUAGACGCUCUCCUAGUUGGCAACGAAACUUCAUCUGGUACUAUUGAUCGGAUUCUUCAAGAGCUGCUGAAGGAUAAGCUGCAGCACUGGCUUUCUUGCAGAUCCAAUGAGCGAGAUGAAGGGGCAGGUUGUUCUUUGUCCAAGAAAGAGCAAGGGAUUAUACACAUGGUUUCUGGAUUGGGUUUCGAGUGGGCCCUGAACCCCAUUCUCAGUUAUGGUGUGAAUGUUAAUUUCCGUGACAUCAAUGGAAGGACUGCCCUUCAUUGGGCUGCACGGUUCGGAAGGGAAAAAAUGGUUGCAUCGCUUAUUGCUGCUGGUGCAUUUGCUGGAGCAGUGACAGAUCCAACUUCACAAGAUCCAAAUGGUAAAACUGCUGCAACUAUUGCGACCAGCAAUGGCCACAAGGGACUGGCAGGUUAUCUUGCAGAGGCAGAUCUAACAAGUCAUCUGUCAUCCCUCACAUUGGAAAAGUGUGAAGUUCCUAAAGAUUCUUCUGAGCUUGAAGCUGAGUUAACUGUCAGAAGUGUGUCUAAGAAAAAUCUCGAAGCCAGUGAUGAUGAGGUUUCACUAAAGAAUACCUUGGGUGCUGUCAGAAAUGCAUCUCAGGCAGCUGCACGGAUACAGGCUGCUUUUCGUGCACAUUCUUUCAAAAAACGGAUAGAGAGAGAAGCUGCCUCUGCCACUUGUCUAAAUGGAUAUGUCAAUGGUGUAGGUAGCAUUGGUGGAUAUGCUAGGAGCUUGCGUGAUUGCAAUUCGGCUGCCUUAUCAAUUCAGAAGAAGUAUCGGGGUUGGAAAGGUCGCAAAGACUUCUUAGCUUUGCGCCAAAAAGUUGUAAAGAUACAGGCUCAUGUGAGGGGUUACCAGACUCGGAAGCAAUACAAGGUGAUGAUAUGGGCAGUUGGAAUCUUGGACAAGGUUGUGCUAAGAUGGCGGAGAAAACGGGUUGGUUUGCGAAGCUCUCCCCAAGAAAAUAAUUCAAAAGAAGAAAGUGAUGAUGAAGAUUUUCUAAAGGCGUUCAGGCAAGAGAAAGUACAUGUAGCAAUUGAAAAGGCUUUGGGGCGGGUGCGUUCCAUGGUCCAUUCUCCGCAUGCUCGUCAGCAAUAUAAUCGCUUGCUUGAGAUGUAUCGUAAAGCCAAGGCUGAAACACUUUUAUCAACUUCUUUACAGAAUGCUUGGAAUAUUGAAGAAGAUGAAACACUUUUAUCAACUUCUGUACAGAAUGCUUGGAAUAUUGAAGAAGAUGAUGAUUUAUUCCAAUUUCCAUGGGAAACACUCUAGCCUUCCUGGUUUUAUUUGUCUCUAUUUGGGUUUCUAGCUUUACCUUAUAUAUAUAGUUAUUGUAUUUGUGUAUGAGUAGAACAAACUUUGAGGUUGUAGCUUAGCUUCUAAAUCAGUCUAGAUUGUAUAUAGUGAGUAUGGCUAUGGACAUUUUCUCUUUAUUAUAUGUACAAAAUGGUCUUCAAUGCAGGUAGCAUAGUGUUUCGAAGUUA